AUGUCCAAUUCUGAAAAUCAAACUAUCAAUGAAACUGCAAGUAUAAGAAGUAGUAGAGAUAAUGAAAAUAAUAUUUUUAAAGUGUUAGAAAAUAAUGUAAAUGAUAUUGAAGAAGAUGAUGAUGAGGUUAAACUUUACUUACAACAAAAAAAGUUGGACUAA